UUAUUGUCAAAAUGAAGAAGCGUAAAACCAAGCGUAAGAAGAACAGUUCACGCUUGCCGAGCAUAACCAAAAAGUCUCGAACAAAGUUUAAUACUUUCAUCAGUACAAGUGCAGAAAGAGAGCAUUCUACCAAGAAUACAGCUGAGAGUCAUAGUAAAGCUUCCAUUAAGCUGAAGAAAGGUAACUACAACAAAUUUGUUGAGAGCUCAAAGAAAAUAAAGAAGAAACCGGAUAGGCCAGAUAUGUCUUUGUCUUUGAAACCCAUGCACAAACGUGCUGUCAGCCAAACUCAAGCAGUUCAGAUAACUCUAGAUCCUUCCAAAACAACUAAAUUAAUGAGGAAAGCAUCAAGUAAACCCGUGUUCGAUCAUAAGCAACAGAAAAAGCAAGAUGGUGUAAAAUAGAGGGCUAACCCUCAUGAAGUUUGUUUCCAAACUGAAAUCCAACCAGGCCAAGGCAGCCAGGAGCCGACUUCAAAAUGGCCAGUUGAACGAGCAAGACUCAAAGAACCAAAUCCAGAGAUUCAAGUUCAAAGAAAUAUUUGCAAAGGUUGACAAAUAAAAAGCUUUUAGGUGAAUGAAGCUAUUGCUUUAGAAAAAAGUGCUUCAGGCUAGUAAAUACUUGCUCACAUGGAAGCUGAUACACUUGCACUCAAUUCCUGCUGAACUUCAACAAGCAUACUGGUCACAAUGAAAUGAGGUGAUUAUAUUGACCAGAAAAAACUAAGAAUGAACAGAUGACUGAAGACAGGAAAAUCACGAGGGAGUAUCUCCAUUACUGAUAUGACAACCAUGGGCCUGACUACACAGCUGAAGCUCCAGUUACCCAAAAUAAGCUUGAAGUAGUUUUGAGACUUAAUCAUUCAGGAUACAAAAGAUGUUUCACAAAACCUUCUCAACCCUGAAACAGAAUUUUGUGACCACCAUGUUGACAAGAAGAACCAUUAUUGUAUUGAUUGAAGCAUGCAUUUGUGCUACAGAUGACUUAAAGUAUCUGUUCUAGUCAUUUCUAGAUAAAAUAAUCCUCAUUCGAAUCAUAAAGUGUACU